AUUUCGUGUGAAACAAAACCGAAUCAGAUUUUUUUAAAUUGGUUAUUAUUUCCGGUGAAGAUGAUCAAAAAUAAGAAAAAUGUCAGCAUCUCAAAUACAAAUAACUCUAAAAAACCCUAUCACCAUUGAUAACGAUAAGGCGAUAACUCAGAUUUCAAAAAUGAGAUCUACUAUAAUCAUUUUAUACAAUGAGUAGUGACCUCACAGCAAGUGAAGUAUCCGUCCCGUUGUCUGAAACCGUUUUGAGUAUAGAAACCGUCAUCAAAUUUAUUAAGAAGCUCGGUUUCUUCUUUCUUAUUUAUUUAUUCGGGUAUUAUGAAUUUUCCAUCGUUUUGCCCUAUGCCCUUCUCGUUUUCGUCAUAAUAAAUACGAAGUGGCGUCAAGAAAAGAAAAAUAAAUUUCGGGUGGCGAGAACCAUAGCUCUGGGAUACGAAAAAGAUGUUGUACUAGAAACAUUCCAAAAUGAACUUCCAGCCUGGAUAAAAUUUCCUGAAAUUGAGAAAGUUGAAUGGCUUAAUAAUGUGUUUAAAUUAAUAUGGCAACAAAUAAACGAAUACACCCAUGAUUUGGUACCAAAAAUCCUCGAACCGGCCAUACAAAGCUACGUUUCUGACUUCAAAUUUAAUAAGGUGAUACUCGGAAAUGUGCCCUUGCGAGUCGAUGGGGUCAAAGUAUACGACCAGGAAGACAAACGGAAGAUUGUAAUGGAUUUGAAUAUUUCAUACGCUGGCGAUUGUUAUGUCACGUUUCACACGUUUCGAUUCACAGGAGGCAUUGAAAAAAUCCAGUUUCAUGGAACGGUUCGAGUCGUUCUCACACCCUUAAUUUCGAAAAUGCCCCUCAUUGGUGGAUUACAAAUCUAUUUCAUGAAUGAGCCUCACAUUGACUUCGAUUUAAUCAAAGCCACCUCGAUUCUAGACCUACCAGUCGUACGUAACAAAAUCAAAAAUACCACAAUGAAUGUGAUUAACUCCAUGUUCAUGUACCCCAAUGUUUACUCAAUUAACUUGACCCAAGGAAUAAAUAUGUCGAAAUUGACAGUUUUCCGUACUGAAGGAAUUUUGAGAGUGCACGUUGUUGAGGCCAAAAAUCUAAUAAACAAGGACUUGUUUGGAAAAUCUGACCCUUAUGUGGUGCUCAGUUGUGGUUCAAUUCGAGUCGAGACACCCGUCGUCGAGAAUUGUCUAAACCCCAAGUGGGAUUUUUGGAAAGAUUUUGAAAUUGAGCCAAAUUCAGAGUUGAAAAUUGAAGUUUGGGAUAAGGACGAAGGGUCAAAGGACGAUUCAUUGGGACAUGCCAAAAUAAACGUGGCCCAAGUUGCCAAAAUUGGCCAAUCGGACAUGCCGAUCCCCUUACAAGGAGUCCCCAAAGGUACGAUUUAUAUCAGACUAACUUGGCUCUCUUUAAGUUCAAAUUAUGACGACUUGCACACUGCCCUGCUGAUGAUUUAUUUGGAAUCAUCCCUAAACCUGCCAAAAUUUUCCAAAACAUGUCCCAAUCCUUACGUUGAACUUGAAGUUGAGAAUGAGACAAAAGCGUCAAGUCCCGAGCAACAAACUUGUGAGCCUUUAUGGGAAACUGGCUUUACUUUCCUGCUUCGUGAUCCAAAAAAGGCUGUUCUAAACUUAAGAAUUAUUGACGAUGACAGUAAGAAUAAAAUGGGAGAGGUGUCUUUCCGAGUUGACAAUUUGAAAAACGAGACCAAUAUGGACUUAAAAAGACAUACGUUUUUUUUCAAUAAACCGUUUUCGGAAGCCUCGAUUUGUUGCUCAAUGAAACUCAGAGUACUAAAAAAUGACAGUCUUGAAGAAGAAAAAGAUGACGGCGAUGCUCCCAAACCACAAAAAAAAUUAGUAAAACAAGAAUCCAACAUUUCAACUGUGUCUAGAAAAACUGAAAGUGAAGGACUUGCAUCGGAUGACAAUGAAACCAUCAAUUCGUCUUUUGACUCUGAAGAUGAUACAAAUUUAGGAAAAAUCAAACUGUCUUUAUCAUACAGCCAACAGAGGCAAAAACUAAUCGUAGAAAUCCAUGAAGUAGAUUUAAUUCGGAAACGUUCCCAAAUCUACGUCAAACUUUAUCUCCAAACCGACCAACAACGCAACCACCGCAAAAAAACUAAAAUCGCAAAAACCAAAACUGCGAUUUUCAACGAAUCGUUCGACUAUUUAAUUUCAAACGUAGACCUCAACUGGACCAACUUACUCGUAAUGGUGAAAACCGACAAAGGCUUUUUGAAGAAAAACCUUGGCCGAACCAUCAUCUCCUUGCAAGAGUGUGGCAAUCUUGCCGAACCGUUCACCGACUGGUUCGACUUGCGAUCCAAACACGAGGAACAUGUGUAUCAUUUGAUCAAAUAAAAUGUUUUUGUUUUGAA